UGACAAACAAAUGCUCAUUAAUCAUUGCAAAUGAGCUGUAUAACCUCUAAUGAAUCACUCCGAUUUUAUAACAACACGUGUAGGCUGAUGAGCGAUAUCAGGGCGUAGGGGAUGUUCAGGGACCAAAGGUCAAAGAUCACAGCUUGUUGCUCGUUCUGAGGGUGCUAAAUGUACAGAGGCGGUGUGAAGUGAUGUGGGAUAGUAGAUCAACGUGUGAGAGUGUGUGUUCCUGUCUGUUCCUGUCUGUGUUUUUAAAAACAUAUGGACGCCAUAAGUGCUCUAUGCGGUUUCAGACUUAAAGUCAGUUUUACUUCUAACUACCUUCUAAGAUGUACUGUAACAUUUAUUAUUUCCUGCUUAUUGCAUCCUUAUGUUGUGAUCAAACUCGAUGCAGUUAUAAUUCAAUAAUAAUUUUAGGGAACUGUUUGCAGAUUUCUACAUAAUGAGCUGUUCAAUCUAAUUCAGAUCCUCAGGCUUGUUUGACUGUUAAAAUACUACAACAUCAUUACAUCUUUGACUUACAAAACAAAUGUUUUGAAUGUCACAGUAUGGCUUUAAUUUAGGCAUCUUGUGUGUAGGGCUCACAUGUACACAAAGACACACAUACACACUACAGAGGACAUUAUUCUUAUGGUUUCAAGGCCUGCCAGAGUUCUGUGAAUUAUCAUUAUGAGUUUGUUCUGGGGUUAACAACCUGUAAAACCUGAUUAUAGCUACAGUCAGGUUAACAAACAUUAUUCUACAGUGGGAGGAUGAAAAUGUUGCACUUCACAAAGAACAAAUACUGUAUAUAAAAGGCACCUUCCUUUGAUCCUUUGCACACAUACACACACACAUCACUUUCAUCAAUUCACAGUCAUACUUUAUACUGUGUUUUCUCAUUCACACUCUGCUCUAAACAGAAAGUAAACUGUCCACACAGUCAGAAAGCUCACCCUGCUUUGACUUCUCUUGGUCAGGCCUGGUGACCUGAUACAGCAGCGCUGUAACAGCUCCCAGACCUGUUUUUAAUAAAUGUGUCAAAGCUGUGACAGAGUGAGUUCACUGGAAACACUCUGAACAUCUACUGUAUAUCCAUCACACCAGCAGCUGAUGUGGCUGUCGGGCUCCUUAUUAGCAGCCUGCUGAAAGUGCUAUUAAUUAAGAUAAGAGAACAUUAUUGAUCCCAGAGGGGAAAUGCAGCAGCAGAAAGAGGGCUGUAAAUAAAACUGAAGCUGCAUAAAUACAAUGCUAACGAGGAUUGGUGUAACUCUGCACAGGGAGCUGUGUUUACUUCACAUAUAUAACCAAAAUGAAGGCUUUAAAACAAAAUCCCAUCAGCCUCAUUACACCCAAAGAGAUAGAUGAGAAGAUUGCUACCACUAACAUGUCUUUAUACUAAAUAUGAAGCUACAGCCAGCAGCCGGUUAGCUUAGAUAAGCAUACAGACUGGAAACAGCUAGCCUGGCUCGGUCCAAAGCUAGCAAAAUCUGCCUACUAGCUUCUCAAUAGCCAGGUGACACAACACCUAUGUGGCAUAUUGGUAAAUGUUGAGAUACAGUAUCCUGAGGCCUCAGACUGAUCUCACCCAAUUAAAAAGAGCUUCAGAACUAUCCAUUAUGCUCUUUUGGCUUCUUGACUCUUUAUUAGUGGGGCAGUGGGACUUCUGUCACUGAACUGUGGAAAUAACUAGCAUGUAGGCUGCGUGCCGUCACUGUAUAAGAACCUCUAUAGUUCUGAUCUGAAACUCUCUGUUGGGACUCUCAGUCGGAGAAGGAGGCAGGACGCAUCUGUGGUUAUGAGAAAUUAAACAGAGAGGAAACAAUCAGAGUGAAGCAACAAGUGAUCAGCACACAACGGACACUGAGGAGUGUGUGACAGGUUUUAGAGAACAGACCUGUCCUGGAUUAAGAUGACUCAUGUGAAAAGGUUUCAAGGAAUUCCCAUGUCAAAGUCAAUGAGAGGUUUGUGUAAAGAGGAGGACUAUGCAUUUCUGGGAAUGUCAGAAAAGAUGCCUGAAGGAGCUGGACCUUUGGAGGACGACUUUGGAGACAAAAAGGAGGAGAGGGUCCGCUGGCGACUGGAGAGGGAGCAGAAGGAAAAAGAGAGACUCCGAGAAAUAGAAGAGAGCAAGAAGGAGAAAGAGCAGCAGUGGCGGACUCACGUAGCAAAGCUGACCUCCAGCCAGGAGAAGGCUCUGCAAGACAGACUGGCAAGACUCAGGACAUUCAGGGAGUUCCAGAGGAAGGUGCUAGUAGAGGAGUCAGGGAUGGGGGGUGGGGCGGCCAGCCUCACGGUCAACCAACUUCUCACCAGGAUGUAGAUGGACCAUAUGAGAGACUGACUCAUGAUAAACAUGCUUUUUGUUGCACUUCAGCAUCAAUAAAUAAUCACUGUGUCAACUGA